GACAGUGUGUGUGUCUGAUCUUCUCGGCGGUAGCAGCUAGCUAGUAACAUAAACAGUUCUUGGAUCGAUCAGAUCUAGUACGAGUGCACAAGAUGCUGGAUAAGCUGUGGGACGACGUGGUGGCCGGGCCUCGGCCGGAGACUGGCCUCGACAAGCUCCGCAGGGCCGCCGCCACCCAGCCUCUGGCCAUCAACACAGCACUAGCUACAGGCGAGGGAAGUAAGUCCAUUCCGACGACCCCGACCACGCCGGUGACGCCGUCCUCAGCGACGCCGCCGCGCGGCGGCAACGUGUGGAGGAGCGUCUUCCACCCCGGGAGCAACCUGGCCACCAAGAGCCUCGGCGCCAACCUCUUCGACAGCCCCAAGCCCAACUCGCCCACCGUCUAUGACUGGCUUUACAGCGACGAGACCAGGACCAGGAGCAACCACCGCUAAAUCAGAGCCGUGGACGGAGAAGAAGAGCUCUCUGACGCCAUGUUUGCUGCUCCUUUUGGUUAUCUAAUCCUUCCUAGUUCCUGCUCCUGCGUUGCAGUCCCAGGCUGCGUGUUGUUUGUUUGUUCUAAGCUUCAGUACUACUUUGAUGCGUGUAUGUGUGUGUGCACGUUCCAUCUGUAAAUACUACCCGUGCCGGUGCGUGCGUGUGUGAUCUCUUCAAUGUUUAGAUAGUUACCUAUCGCAAAACAAUUAAUAACAAGCUGAGAGCAAGUUUCCGCUUUC